CCAAAUCAAUUUGAAGUAGUUCAUAGACUUGUUACCGCUUUCUUAGCCUAUCAAAAAAUAAAAUUAUUUCUUGAAUGCACCAAAUGUAAAUAGUGGAAUCUGACAGUAUUUAAAUGGCGGACGAUUUGCAAAAUUACAAACUACAAUUGCAACAAGUGGAGGCAGCUCUUCAAACUGAUCCAGAAAAUGAAGAGCUAUUAAAACUUAGAAGUGAUCUUGGCGAAGUUAUUACCCUUACUCGUGAUCUGAUACAAACUCAACUUGAAGAACAGCAUAAAUCUUCUUAUGUGGAGCCAUCCUCAACAAAAAGAGCUUCCUCUAACUAUUUCGACGAAAUCGAAGCUGCUUUGUUAGAAGCAGAAAAAUUAGUUUCAGCUGCAAAGAUUUGGAAAAAAGGAGACAAGUGCCAAGCAAAAUGGAAGGAAGAUCGUCAGUACUACGAUGCAACUAUUGAAGAUAUAUCCAGUACAGGAGAAGUUAAUGUAAUAUUUGAUGCUUAUCAAAAUCGUUCUACGACCCAAGUCAACGAGUUGCGAGAACGCACCACUCGCAACGAAGUUUUUCCGUCAAACAAACGUCACAGGCCCAAUCAAAAAGAAUAUUUAAAAAAACGUAAACAAAAAAAACAACAGCGCUUCAAGGACUUGGAAGAGGAACGUGAAUCAGACAAAAACAAAUGGCUUAAUUUUAAUAACAAAAACCAAAAAAAGAACGGAGUAAAAGCAAGAAGUAUAUUUGCCUCUCCGGAUAAUGUAAGCGGCAGAGUAGGAGUCGGCACUUGUGGAACUGCAGGAAAGGGCAUGACCGAUUUUACUGUAGGUGAAAAAUAUAGAAAAGGACUUUAGAAUAUUGUUGAUUACACGGAACAAUAAAAAUAUAAGAAAAAAGAAUAUUGACAAAUUUAUUAAAGUUUUUAUAAAUCAACAUAGAACUAAUGGGCAACUACAGAAAGGAAUCGUUUUGUUUUGACGAAUACUCUUAUUUAGAGACAAAAGGUUAUUAUUGAGCAUUUAACUAAACAUCUCUGCCCAUCUAUAACAUUCACUUUAUAUGCUUUUACCUAUUUUGUAUUCUUUAUUGUAAUUUAAGACAGUAAAGAAAAUCAGUUUUAAUAUUAAUAUAGCGAUCAUAUAUAUAUAAAUAAAAGACAAAUUAUUUAUAAUACCGUCGGUAAAUAAGA